UCUCUUGGGCAUAAUGUUAUCUUAUUUUGCCCUCUGACAUUACGGGUGACACAGUUACGAAUUUAGCACCCUUAUCUGAGGGAGAUGAGAUCAUUUUGUAUAUAUAACAGGUGAUUAUAUGACAUGAGUGAUAAUAGAAGGCGCAGGCACAACUCAAACCCGCGCAAUCGGACUAAUGGCGGGGAUAGGAACUUGCAAACUCAGCUCAUGAACGGGGGAACGAAAACAACCAAAGGUCUUGUGCAGAGGACCUCCAGCUAUGACACAGUACGUAAGAUAGUGCAAGAGGAAGGAAGGACAGCCAGAAAUCUUAUUGGGUGGACUGUUCCUGUUGAGGAUGAGGGAGCUGACAGUGGAAAACGCAUUGCUUAUAGACCUCGGCUUAGAGUUUCAAAGUCGCCAUCAUCUUCAUCAAGGGAAAAUACCCCACCUCCAAAAAAGGCCCAUGAAAAAUCUGGCACAUCUUCAGGCCGUUCGACGCCCAGUAGGGGCAGCAAAAAGAGUGAUCUUCGUGCCAGGUACUGGGCUUUCCUGUUUGAUAACCUACAGAGGGCAGUGGAUGAGAUAUAUCAAACAUGUGAAGCUGAUGAGAGUGUGCUAGAGUGCAAGGAGGUGAUCAUGAUGCUUGAGCAGUGUACCAAAGACUUUAAGAAUCUCAUUGAAAGACUGGAAGUGAUGGAAGCUUAUGAAAAUGCAGAAAAGAAACCAAUAUCUAUAGCCUGGGAGAUCAGGAAGACCUCCCCUGGCAAAUCUCUCCACACAGGAGACCGUGUGAUCAGUCCUAGUCCAGUGAUUUCCCGCAGCCUGAACUUCGCUGAGAGGGGCUCAGAGGCGGAGACAGAAGUGCACCUUCCCCUUCCUCCAGGGAACAGCUGGGCCGAUAAAGUGAGAUCUUACUCCAUGGACAGUGGUGAAACUAGACUGCAGAAUUCGUCUGAAGGGGAAACGGUCAAACCUGAGAAAAAUGACAUUGGAGAAAUUCCUGUAAAUGAAACACAUAUUUCUAAAGAUACUGAAGUAGUGAGUAGAAGUGAAACAGUUGAAAAAGUGGGUCCAGACAGGGUGUCCUCACCACAAGAAGAUGAUGGGGAAGGCUGGGAGACUGUCCACAGAAAUAACCACCGGACACGUUCCAAGAAUUCACCAGUCCAAACGGGUCCACAUGGCAGGUUAAAGGGCAAUAGGACCCCACAAAACCAUAGAAACAAUGCCCAGAAAAGGACAGGAGUCACACCUAAACAACAACAGGACCAUUCUACACAAAAGGGACCCGCAAAUGGAAGUCAUAAAAGUCCAUCUGGGCCUGGUAUGGGAAAAAAGACCCCUUCCUAUAGUGACAUUGCUGCCAGGGGCAGUCCUAAAGGAAGCCAAACAGGACUGAAUAAGACUAAAGCUAGCAGUCAUGAGAAUCUUGAUACAAGUCACAAAGGCGCUAGGUCACCAGGAAAAGGUCCACAACAGUCAGCAUUCGGUCAACCAAAGAGACAGCAGCCUAGUGGUCAACAGAAAUCUCCAGUAAAACCCAAAACAUUUCAAACUGAAGUUCUCCAAAGUAAUACCCAAAACCCAAUCUGUGAUAAAAAAUCAGUGAAAGGUAAUCCUGAAAGUGACCAAAAUAAACAACAAGACAUGAGUGCUUCACAGGGAGUUGCUAGUGAUGAUAGGAAGAUAUCUCCUACAAAGGAAGAGAUAGAGGAGGACCCAGAGAGUGUGGCCAGUAGAGAUGAUGAAGAUGAUGUGGCUCUGUUAGAAGAUGCUUUGGUGACGGCCAUGGAAGAAGAAGACUCGCUGGCAGACAGGCUGGAACAGGAGCAAGAUCAGGCCCUGCAGUCUGCCAUCCAAGAAGAAGAAAACUACCUUAAGCAGAUAGAGAGGGAGGAGAGCAUGGAGAUUGAAGUGGACACUGAGCCAGAGACUGAAACAGAUACUGAACUUGGGAAUACAAUGAGCUCUUUGGAAGCUUCACAGAGCACUCUGGACUGGGACAGCAUGGUCUUGAAGUUUGAACAAGCAGAGAGAGAAGGUGGCUCUGAAGCAUCCUGGGGUGAUCUUGUCGAAGAAGCAGAGACACGCACUCCUGGGAGAAGUGUUCAUAUGCACGAAAAACUUUCUUCACCCUCCAGAAAAAGAUCUGCUGUGGAAUCUAAAAAGAGACAUGACGAAAAACAAGCCAAAGCUCAAGAACUUCGAGAGAAGCUGCUGCAAGAAAAAGCAGAAAGGUUAAAGGAAUUAUCUAAUAAGGUUGAAGAAGUGAGGGCCUGGAAAAAUGAACUCCUGCUUCAGAAAAAAGAAACGAUGAAAGACAAACUGCGUAGAGCAGAAGAAAAGAGGCAAAGACAGCUGAGGAUGAAAGUGAGAAAAGCUCAUGAGGAAGAAACCAAGGCCAAUGAAAUUGCCUUCAUCAAUACUCUUGAAGCUCAAAACAAGCGUCAUGACAUACUAGCCAAACAUCAAGAAUCACAAGCAAGGCUUCAAGACCUGCAGGAAGAGCGACAGAGAAAACACGAGGAGAAAUUGGCCAAAGAAGUUGCAGUGGAGGAAAGAAGAAAAGCCCUGGAAGCUGAAAGAUUGGCUAAACUUCAGGACAUGCAGGAAAGAAGAAAAAAGAAAGAAAUACAGAUAGAACAGCAGCAGAUGGAGAAGGAGAAAGAAAAGAAGGAGGUGGCUAAACAGAGAGAAAAGGACCGCGAGGAGAGGGUUGCAGCUCUACACGCUCAGCAACAAGCACACAUUGAUGAGCUGAGAACAAAGAUUCAGUUAAAGCAAGAUGAGACUGCCAGGCGUCACAAUGUUAUUCUGGACCAGAUCCGAGAGAAGGCUUUUGAGAUGAGUGUGAUCAACCAUUCCACAGAGGACCACAAUGAAGCACCCAGACUGGUGCCAUAUGACACAAUGAAAGUCUGUCAAGUUUGUAAUGUACUGAUUCCCUCAGAAGUUUACCUUCUAAGUCACUUACGAGGGAAGAAACACCAAGAGGCGAUAAAAGAAAAUAAUGAGGGCAAAGUCAUGGCUAAGACUGAUAUAGAACUGUUCAAUCUAAAGCAUAUACAAGAUGCUCCACCAGAGGCCUCAGAUCUGCCUAUAAUGUCAGACAAGGAAAGACAGAAGGCCAUGAAGAAACGCUGCAAGAAACUUAGACAGAGGAUGAUGGCUAGGGGCAGUGAAUAUGAAAAUGCUCUCUCUGGCAAGCAAGCAACUGGGGAGUCUCCUCAGAAAGCCAAAUUACAGAAACUGGUAAAAGACAUCAACAAGUCUCUCCAGACACAGGGUAGUGGGCCAUGGCCCCAGAGUAGAGUCUCUAUGUUAGACAGAAUACUAGGAGAACUCAGCAGAAUACUGGAGAAAAAGACUGCAGCUGACCAGGUCUCAUUCCGUAUCUGUGGUGGAAUGACUGCCCUCAGCAGGUUAUUGCUGGUCAUUGAACAAAGCACGGAUUCUCUGCCUCCUGUAAUACCUGCCAAAUCUCUUGCACUGGCCUGCAAUGUUUACAAGUAUGCCUGCAAGGGGAAUUAUGAGAAUUGCCAUUACUUGUUGUUCAGCAACAAGAUUGGUUCUUUGUUAGAUCUGCUUAGUCACCAACUAAAUCUCACAAUACCAGACAACCUAGAUGUUCGUCCCCCUAGUGCCCUAGGUGGCAGCACUGCCCAAGCCACUCCACACCUACCCCAUGAUGUAGUCUGUACUAGUCUGAUGCAACUGAUAGCCACCAUCUUGUCCUGUCUGGCCAAACAGAACCCUAGUUCUAACUCCAGUGAGGCCUCGGCAGAGAGGAUGAGCAGCACGGGGGAUGCCUUCAUGAGCAGAGGGAACGACAUCAUAAGUUACAUCAUAGCGGUAGGCAUAAUGGACAAACUGACCAUCUACUUCAGCAAUGUACGAGGUCCAAUAGAUGAUGCUCCACAUGCAGCUGAAUUUCUACAACACAGUAUGGGACUACUCACUGCCAUGAUCAAACUUUCAGUCAAAAGAAACAGAAACAUAUUUGACAAGAAGAAGCCAGAGGACACCACCCAGCUGAUAGCCACAUUCAAGGUGACGGAGCUGGUGGGCGUCGUCUCGUUAUUGUACGGCAUGCUGUUACACAGUGGCACCCCUGACCAUGGUAGUAGCCCACCUCCAGAGCUCAACCAACACACUCUCAGUGUCACAACUACAGCAAUUAAGAUGCUCAACUUUAUUGCAACCCUGGACCUUAAUAUGUCACAGAGUGUUCUAGGUCAAGAAGGUAUCUCUCUAGAAUACCGCCAUAUUACCAGUCACCUGAUCUCGUACUGCUCUCACCACAGUAACGAGGAGUUGCUCCACGAAGUAGUGCUGUGUGUUGGGUAUUUCACCGUAUUAAACCAUGAUAAUCAGGGGAUGAUCCAGAUUGGACGUCCACCCACCGUACUCCAGCAACUCUGUGCCCUGCCGUUCCAGUACUUCAGCGACCCACGCCUCACCAAUGUCCUCUUCCCUACGCUAAUUGUCUGCUGCUACCACAAUGAUCAAAACAGGAGCAUCAUAGAGCAGGAACUCAGCUCGGCUUUGCUGGCAAAUUUCAUCGAGAGAAGGACCAGGCUGAUACUAGAAUGUCUCUACAAGCUAGAUUUCCAAGUGAAGAGUGGACAAAAGCUCAAGAAUAUUUCAGUUCGGCUUAAACGGAAAUGGGACAUGAUGUAGUUAAUGCACAGAAGACACUUUGGCGUUUGCAGAGAAUAAUGAUUGAAGUUCUGACAUCAACUUAGACAUUGUUUAAAAUUGUUCUUUUUGUUUUGUAAUCAUAUUUAUAUGAAAAAUACAUUAUUGGAGAAGUCUUUUGAAUCUUACUUAUGUUGAAGUAGGUAUUGUUAUUUUAAAGCUACUGUUUAUCUUAUUCAAACAAGAUGUUUUUGUCAUAUUGUUUAUUUAAGACUGUGAAAAAUCAGUAAAUUGUUUACUGAAUAAUUUGUAGGUUUGUGAAAAGUAGGUCCGGUUGUAGUGAAAGUAAAUGGCUGUAUUUUAUGCGUUUCCCAAUGUUUUGUUUGUGGUGAAGUUCUGUGAAGCAAAAAGUGUGGUUUGUUGGUCUUCCUUUUGGUCGACUUCUUUUAGAUCAGUCAAUGAUGUAUAAAGAAAUGAUUUACCUAGGUUUGUGAAUGCUUCUUGAAGUAAAUCAAAAUUUGUUUUGACAGAUAGAGUUUCUCUGUGUAUUGUAACUGGAACUCUCACUUUAUACUUAUAGCGUGAAGCUACUUUUCCAUAAUAUGAUAAUAGUGCACAGUAACACAAUGAUAUAAUGUACUUUAUUGGACUCCCUGUAAUUAUAAAAUGAUCAGUCACCACCUUUUCAAACUAAUAUAAAAAAGAAAGGCUAAAUAAAUGUUCACAUUUGAAAACGGGGUUUCUUCUAGUUGCCGUAAUGCGAUACCGUUGCCAGAAGGAGUUUUCGCAUAACUUAGUAGAAAAAUCUUGUUAUCUCUCAUACACGACAAUUUUAGUGGGAACACGUUAGAAUUACUGUUGGAAGAAAAUUUGGAAUUUCCUGUUUAUCCAUUCUUCAUCUAAAACAAUGUUAAACUCACAGAGGAUGUUUAUCUUACGUUUUCUGUAUUUAUGGGGUCAGUUCUGGAAGAAAUUAUCAUUCGAAAUGAUGAAGCGGUCGUUAAAAAAAGUCCCGUUGCUCUUUCAUAUUUGCGUUAGAGACCCCCCGAGUCCGCUUCAAAAUACGCACGCACAUUUAUUUCAGA